CAAGGAAGUAAUUCACACGUAGGCCGGACAUUUUGAAGCUGGACGAAUUCGAAGAUCUGAAAUAAUGGAUUGUACUAAAAACAGCAUUCUCCAAAACAUCCACGAUGAGAUGGUCAAAGGUACGUUCAAUGACCUUGACAUUGUCUGUGAGAAUGGGACAACGAGUGCAAACCGGUUGGUCCUGGCCGCGAUGUCAUCUUACUUCCGGGCAAUGUUAACAUCAGACAUGACAGAGAGUCGGACGGGCGUCUUAAAUCUGCCCACGGUCUCGGUGUCGGUGUUCAAGGAUAUUCUCAAGAUGUCUUUGUGUUCAGUGGACCUUGUAAACGAAGACAACUGCGUCAAAAUGUUAGACGCAGGCGAAAUGAUGCAGCUUGAUAACGUCAAAGAUCUGUGUCAUCGUUACCUUAAGGAAGGUCUCGUGCUCAAUAUAGAUAACUGUCUACACUGGUGGAGACUUAUGGACCGCUACAAUGUUCCUGAUUUGUCCAGCAGAGCAGUCUCUUAUCUGACAGAAAACUUGACCGACUUUGUUGAAACAGAAAAUAUUGGUCAUCUGUCAAAGACAGAACUUUUAGAAAUAUUGUCCAAAGAUGACUUGAAAUGUAAAGAAGACGUCAUUAUGAAAGGUGUCAUGAUGUGGCUUGAAAGAAAUAACCCGGAUGCAGACGAUGUAACACGUAUAUUUGAAAUGAUCAGGAUUGAUCUUGUUGAUCCACAUUUUCUCACUGAAAAUGUAGUUUUUUCCAAAUUGAUUUCAGCAAACAACUUUCUUCAGCAAAUGAUCAAGACUGUAUUGCAUUCACAACUUACGAGAGCAAGUUCUAAAAGUAGAUUUCAUAACAGACGUGUUGAUGUUAAUGCACGUGUAGAUGUUUUCGUUUUACAUAGGAACAACACGUCACUUCUGUCUUGCUUUACAUCAGAAGGGACAUGGGAAGACGUUCCACCUGCUCCAGUAAACCCUGGAUAUUGCUAUUCAGCAGCAAGUCUAGGUAACAAGAUCUACAUCACUGGUGGUAACAGUAGAAGAAAAUGUACACUCGUCUACGACGUCUGUAGAAAAGAGUGGAAAACAGGUCCAGAGCUCGAGGAACAACGUCAUUGGCACUGCAUGGCCACAGCUAAUUCUAAAGUGUAUGCAAUUGGUGGGGAAAACAGCAACACGAUUGAAGAGAUAAGCGAGAGUGACACACGCUGGCAGGUUGUUGGAGAUUUGAAACAGAACAGAGAGUUUGCAUUCGCUGCUACAGUUGGACACAACAUUCUGGUGAUGGGUGGACGGAGUAGAGAAAGUGGAUCAGAUGAUAUCCAGUGUUUCAAUACAGCGACUCACUGUGUGUCUAACCUCAGCUCACGUUUACCAUACAGCUCGAAGUGUCUGAGAGGUUCGGUUCACCUCCCUGAUGUAUAUCUGCUGGACUAUGAUGGAAAUGUGAUGCACGUCCAGGUCACUGACAGUGAGGGGGAAAUCAAGAUACAAGUCAAGUCAACAGUGAAAUGGCGAUCAUUUCAACAUUGGUUUGGCGUAUCAUGGCAAAACGGAAGCUUGUUGUCCUUUAGUUGCUGGGACACUAACUGUGAAAUUAGAAAAUACAACCUGGCUGAAGGGAAAGAGGACAAUGUUACCUUUCUAAUAUCAACGAGAAGUGGUAAUGUGUAUGGUGUUCUGCCAGUGUCUCAUAGAGCAUAACAGAUUUUGGGUUGAGUUUAUUCUGAGGCAUAACAUUGUUUGUGUAUUUAAUCUGACUGAUCAAGUGGGUCUCUUCCUAUUAGGAUCUCAGGCUUUAAAUUCUGCGUAAAACAUUACUAGCAGUUUGAUGAAUUUGGUCACAAAUCAU